AUGGAAAAUAGGAACAAUGUGACAGAGCUUGUCCUCCUGGGGCUCACACAAAAUCCUGAGAUGCAAAAAGUUCUAUUUGUCCUAUUCUUACUUACCUACAUUGCAACAAUAUUGGGCAAUCUGAUUAUCAUGGUGACCAUUGCAGCCAGCAGGUCACUUGGUUCCCCCAUGUAUUUUUUCCUGGCUUCUUUAUCAUUUAUAGAUCCUGUCUAUUCUACUACUGUUACUCUCAAAAUGAUCACUGACUUGCUUCAUGAGGAAAAGACUAUUUCCUUCCAGUCUUGUAUGACUCAGGUCUUUAUAGAUCAUUUAUUUGCUGGUGCUGAAGGCAUUCUUCUGGUGGUGAUGGCCUAUGAUCAAUAUGUAGCCAUCUCCAAACCUCUUCAUUAUUUGAUCAUCAUGAAUCAGGCGGUGUGUGUCCUUAUGUUGCUGGUGGCCUGGACUGGAGGCUUUCUGCACUCACUGGUUCAAUUGCUGUAUAUUUCUCAUCUCCCUUUCUGUGGCCCCAAUGUGAUUGACAACAUUGUCUGUGACAUAUACCCUUUACUGAAACUAACUUGCUUUGAUACCCACCUCACUGGAUUCUUUAUGACAGCUAAUGGAGGAACAAUUUGCACUGUUGUCUUCUUCAUCCUCUUAGUGUCCUAUGGUGUCAUAUUACAAUCCCUGAAGACUCAUGGUUUGGAAGAGAAUCACAAAGCCUUCUAUACCUGUGCCUCCCGAAUGAUGGUGGCCAUUUUAUUCUUUGUUCCCUGUAUCGUCCUAUAUGCCAGGCCUAAUUCAACCCUACCCAUUGAUAAAUAUCCAUGA